ACUAUCUUCAUCUAAAUGCUUCACCCCCGCUGCAGCACGAGGGUCUGUUAUGUCGUCCAGUGUUUCUUUAUGGCCUCUCCUUACUUCAUGCAAAGCAGGUCUGUAAUCACUCGGAGUGGUAAUCAAAAUGCUGGCUGCACACCUGCGGCCUCUCUCAAGUCCAAACUUACCAACAGACGGAGGAAUGUGGAUCCAGUUUCCUCUGUGGCCGUGAAAGUGGAGGAGGAUGAUGAUGAUGAUGAGGCGAGGAUCUGCGAGCAAAGACCCUCCUCGGCCCCCUUAUCAACGGGUGGUUGCCCUGAACUCUUCCCCGACAGGAUGGCACAACCAAAAACAGAAACGGACACUUUACCACUGUCUUCACACAGCCAGAGGAGGAGACAGUUAAAGGUGGAAUAUGACGGGGAUGAAGGCGCAACACCGGUGAAGACUGAGCACUGGGAACCUCUCGACUGGAAGAAACAAUUAGGAUACAUUCAGGAGAUGAGGAGCGGCCGUGAUGCACCUGUGGACAACAUGGGAGCAGAGAAAUGCUACGACACAGAGGCCCCUGCACGUGUGAGACGUUUCCAGGUGCUGGUUUCACUCAUGCUGUCUAGCCAAACCAAGGACCAGGUGACAGCAGAAGCUAUGCAGAAGCUCCGAGCUCACGGCUGUACGGUGGAAAAUAUACUCGCUACUGAUGACGAAACACUGGGAAAACUCAUCUACCCCGUCGGCUUCUGGAGGACUAAGGUGAAGUAUGUUAAGCUGACAUCGGCCAUGCUGCAGAAGGAGUUUGGCGGGGACAUCCCAGACAGCGUGGAGGGGUUGGUCCGCCUGCCCGGAGUUGGACCUAAGAUGGCUCACUUGGCUAUGGACAUCGCCUGGGACCAGGUGUCCGGCAUUGGUGUGGACACACACGUGCAUCGUAUCUCGAAUAGGCUGGGAUGGCUCAAGAAACCAACCAAGAACCCAGAGGAAACACGCAAGGCCCUGGAGGAGUGGUUACCCAGGGAGCUGUGGAGUGAGAUCAACUGGCUGCUCGUGGGCUUCGGACAGCAGGUUUGUCUACCCAUCAACCCUCUCUGCUCAGUGUGUCUGAACCAGCACAGCUGUCCAUCUGCCCACAAGAACUCUCCUACAAAGAGGCCUAAAGCUAGAUCUCCAUGGUCUCUGAGUCCAACCUCUUCCUUUAAAACCAAAACUGAACCGGAGUUUGCUGUUAAAGAUGAGAGAACAAAGAAGGAGCCACGGUCCACACCCAUUUCCCCGACCACGCAGAGAAGGAAGCUAAAAAGCAAGGUUAAUCAUUAAGUUGGUUGUCACAUAAGUUUGUCCGAGCGGUGACAAAAAGACUUCAAUGUAUACGCACACACUGAAAACAUGCAUCUAAGCUAAAUGCUGAUGUGAUUAUUGUGAUAUUUGUGUUUUCAUCACUGACAAUAUAACAACACCUUUUACAUUCUAUCUGAGAUUAUAUAUUUUUGUACUGUUAGUGCUUAAUUCUUUAUUACCAAAUAAAAACAUGUUUGUCCUGAAACUGGA